AUGGAGAUCUACGGCAUGCUGGGGGAGAGACUGGGGACGAUAGGCGAGGUAAAGAAGGAGGAGGACAAGGCUGAAGGAGCCGAAUUUCCCCAAUGGAAAAAGGAUCUCUUGCGGAAACCCUCCAUCUCGAUACGGAAAGGCAUUGCGUGGGGCUAUACUCCUCCCUACGAAGAUACUGAUACGCUUGUCCUGACCUCCCCCAAAUCGUCCUUCGUCGACAUCAGGUUCCCCGUCAAGCGACAGUUGGGCGAGCCGAUAACAUCAGACCCUUCAUUCUGGGCGUUCUCAGGAACGUCCCAUAUGACUUUUGCUCCCUUCACAGGUGAUACGAUUACGAUGCCUUAUUCAGCACACUGCGUAUGGAAGCACGAGAUAGACUCAAAGGGUCCUGGCAUCACGGACGAAGGGGAUUUGUUUUUGCUCCCUAACGCCGACUGCAUAGAGGUGGGCAGCAUGCAGAACCCACAGACAGGCAAGGUUGAGAUGUACAAGGAAUAUUGGACUGGGCCACCCACCAAUGUGGCUCCAACCAGCGCUGCACUGGAUAUUCGGACGCCUUGUGUUGUUGCGAAGGCACAAGCUCCGUCGUCGGAUGGCCAGAAUAUGGAAGGCACUUCGAGCAGCGAGAUUGGGAUCGUCAUUAGGAUAGGCAACUAUUGUCAAGGCAUCAUGCGUCAGCAAACAGGAGAACAAGGUUGGCCUGAAGCAAGACAUGCGAUCCUGGUUGAGAGAUGGACUCGAAAUCUCGUCGAAACCGAGCAAACAUCUGCGGCCAAUGCUGGCGGUUCGGAAGAACCCAAUGAUGCAGCAAGUUGGGUUCAGGACUGGCGCAGCAACACGCCCUGUGACGACGGAGUUUUCUUGCCAUGUAUGUGGACUUGCGACGGAAAUAGGAAGCUCGGAGAUGAAAUCGUGGUUCAGGGCAUCAGCUGGAGAAUUGUGGAAUUGGUGCUCAAGAAAGUUGCAGGCGAAGAGGCAUGA